AUGGAUGAUGACGGCGUCACCAUUCAUUCAGAGGGAGAAGAUGGUUUUGUUCCUGAAACGAAAAAUAUCAAAAUCUCACUCAAUCAAUCAAAUCAAACAUUCAAUUUUUUUUCAGGUGUAGAAUAUUUGCAGCAAUAUGGAUGGUUUAUUCUUUUGGGAGUUCUCAUCCUUUUGUAUAUAAAGACCAAACUAGACCCCAAAAUCAGGAAACUGAAAUCCAAAGCUGAAGACAUAAGCUACCAGAAAAAAUUUGAUCCUGACACGACUCAGAGAAGACUGGAGGCCAUGGAGAGGGCACGGAUGAAACUUCAAGAGGAACAUGAUGCCAAAGCAGCCAUGUAUGCCGAACUGCAGAAACAGAAAGAAGAAGAAAAACGGAAACAGAAAAUAGAAGAAUGGGAGAAUCUACAAGAUGGGAAGGGAUAUAGGUCCAAAGUUAAACCUAAAGACGAGUCUUCAGAGAGUCCGGGGAAACUAAAACCAAAACCCAAAUUACGACAAAAUGAUUACAAUCCAUUGAUGGGUGGAGGAGGGCCGGGAUACAGGCCGGCCAGGCGAACGGGAGGAGGAUGAGGUUAACUUGUGUAUCCGUGGAAAAACCACGUGACAAACAGAGGUCACGUUGUGAGGUACCCGGAUACAAUUAGCUUGACAUGUUGUCCCUUGAUUUAUUUCCCUUUUCUCUGAAGAAUUUACUACUUUUGAAUGCGGAAUAGGAUAGCGAAAUUGCUACAAUUAUGCAAAUACGGCUCAAGAGUUAGAAAUAUUUGUGUGAUAAGGGAUUGUUGGAACAUUCGAACGUAAGAGAUUAUCGGUUGCUUUCGAGACUUCUCAGUGAGGUGUAAAUUAGCUACAGGAUAACUGUGGAUUUUUACGGUGUUAAAAGAGCACGGAUACAUUAAAACGAUAGUCGUAAAAUGGGAAAAUAUCACCGGCGGCUGCUGCUCGAAAAAAUGAGGCGAGUCUGGUUGAUUUCAUAAUUUCAAUACUUGCACUUUGUAAUUAAAUUUUAUAUCUAAAUAAUGGAGCUGAUCUAUUUUAUCAUUUCCACAACUAAUAAAAAUGUCGUUCGUAUACAAGAAUGAAGCUUCUCGAGGGAAAACAUUCCUUAGGAUUGUUCUUUUUUGGCAGUCUUUAUAUGUAUUUGGCAGGUAGAUCUUAUAUUUUCAGAGAAUUGCUGUAUAUUUUCGAUGUAAACAAGGGGAUGUUAUACUGUAACAAUGUUACUUGGCCAGUCAAGUUUAUGAAGCAUUGUCUAGAAAGAGACUGUAGUCUCACAGAUUAUGCUGAUGUAUUCAUUGUUAUUGUGUAAUAUUGAUGUCAGUGCUUACUAUUUAUUGUUAUCGUUAAAUGUUAAUAAAUCUCAUAUGUCGAA